GUUUUAUUUUGGAAAUGGAUAAGAAGGAUUUUGUGAAGAGAAAUAUUAGGAGAGCGAAGAGCACACCAAGGAAGAACAAAGGUGUGGUUAAGCCUAAGUUUAAAAAUGAGCUCAUGUUACUAGAUAACCCUGCUUUCCAACAAAUUGCUAUUGAAAAGCUGCUUCAGAACCAGGCUUCACAAGACCUCCUCAUUAAAAAGCUAAAGCCUUUCAAUCAGAAAUAAGAGGAAGAAGAGUAUCAAGAGACCUUUGAAGAGGGCCAACCGUCAAGAAUAUUCCGGAACUAAGGAUCCCUUCCAAGAUGUCCAACAAAAGCAAGAUCUUGACGGUGAGAAGCUUCUGAAUGGGGAUACUCAAAAGAAUCAGUAUUUAAUAAACCAAUUUUUCAGGACAAAUACAGAGCAGAGGCCUACUUCUGCUUCUCUUCGAAAGCCAUUGACUAGGUCUACGUCUCAGUCGAUUGAAAAUAUGAAGGAGGAUAGUAAACCUCUGGCUAGGAGGAACAAUCUCUCUACUAAUAGAAGGAAGAAUUCUCAGAAAUUAUCCUCCAGCAGGUCUAAAUUGAGUCUCAACUACAGAUCUAACACUACAGACUUACAGAUUACCAGCAAAGCUGAUCAUCUGUUGCUGCUUCAGGAAGGAGUUAAUACUAUUUUCAAGUUGCUUCAGAGGAAGAUCAAGCAGAGUGCUAUCAAACGGUACACUAAUGAACGACAGAGGGUUGAAUAUAAGGAACUCUGAGGUCUUAUAGUAAAGAAUGAUGGCAUCAGGAUUCCUCUCGACUCUAUCAGUAAAGGGAAAGUUGAGCUUUGUAGUGAGAUCCUAACGGAUCUCACUCUUGUAGCUCAUAUUUCAAUUUUCUCAGAUGAUGGAAAUCCUGAAGAUAUCGAAGAGUUUGAUCAUUAUUUGGACAAAUAGAAGGAUGAAGGUAGCUAUACUCCCCAGAGAUAAAAGAGUGAAAAGGACUCCAGAAAUAAUGAUGAAGCGUAAACCUCUUUCCAUCCUUCCUAAGUACAAUAAGGGCUUAAUCUCAGGGUUAGCUCCAAACUUAGUGAAUAAUAAAAGACUAUUAAAAUUUCAGAUAUGAGGAAUUCACUUUGGCAAAGACUCUUGGAAGCAGGUAUUUAAAUAUAUUGGAGAGUCUGGCACAAUCCAGACGAUUGCUAUCAACAAAUGCAUCAUGACUCAGGAGAUUCUAGAGAGCCUUGAGAAAGCUAUUUCAAGAUGUGAUACAUGCCAAACCGUUGAUUUGAGGGAUAAUAAUCUCACCGAUGAUUUUGGAGGCCUUGUAGUGAGGCUCAUCCAGGCCCAAACUGAGAAAAGAGAUGAUCUCAUUUGGGCAUAUGGGCUUAGGAAUGAAUUUCCCAACCAUAUAGAUAAAGUUGGCAUGAAAUCGAUUAUUCUUCGAAGAAAUCAACUUGGGAAAUCUUUUAUGAAAAAGCUGAAAAAGUGGGUUGUCUAUGAUGAAUAUUUGAGACAUAUUGAUCUGUGAUAUAAUAAGAUAGAACCAGAAUGCUUAAAGACCUUUAUAUCAAAGCUUCAGCAUAAUCAGAGCUUGCUCUGUAUAGAGCUGAGAGGGAAUUAUGGGUUCACUCAGGAAGCCCAAAGCAUGACUGCGCACUUGCUUUUGAGAAAUAUAGAUCAUUGACAACAAAAAGGAGUCAUUAUAGAACCAGAAUGGAUUAAUAAAGAUGUUUUUGAUAUCAAAAUUCCGAAAAAUAUUGGACAAAAGAUUGUUGAUACUAGUGACAUCCUAAAUAACAGUUUUAAUUUUGACGAUAAAACAAACUUAUAUGGCACUUUUGAUCCUAAGAAGCAGUUAGGUCUUAAUAGAGGAAACCACAAAUCUUCAACAAAGAAACUAAAACUAAAACAAAAGAGAUCUGAUGGUGGAUCAAGUCCGAAAACUAGCCGAAGAACUCAGAAACGAAAAGUCAACAAAAGCAAUAUCUUGUUUAAUAAGAAUGGAACACAAAAGAUUGUCAUUGACCCUCUACUAUCAAAGGAGUAACAACUUAUGAUUCAUGAGGUUUCAACAAAUGCAUGAUGCCAG